ACGUCAGGAAUUCAAGGAAUGCUGCUGCCGCUCUGUGACAACACGGGCGUGUAAAAAAAGCACAAGAGUGUUUUAAGUCCACACGUUUUGUUCACCUGCCAUGAGAUGAAUCUGUGUUUUGGAGAAACGUUCCCAGAGGGCUCUCAUUGGUUAGUACCAGGGACUUAUUUGCAUACGGUGGGAGUGACCUGUGAGAGCCAGCAGUGGGAUGAAUGACUGGUUUAAGUCAGACAGCAGACGCGGCUGUGCUCAGCAGAGGUCUGAACUGCACUACACUCAAAAUGCAUGACUUUCCUAAGCUGUCACUCUGACUGCAGUUAAUGAGCAGAGCUGGACAUGAUCAUGUUAAACAGCAGACAUCACAGCUCCAGCAGAAGAGGAGGAACAUGGGGAUUAUGCAUCAUCCUUCUUUACAUAAGCCCACCUUUUUGUUUUGCGAGUUUCAGCCAAGCAAAAGAGCUCAUCUAUAAAAUAAAGGAAGGAUUACCGAGAGGAACCUUCAUUGGCUCCAUUGGAGUGGACUUGGAUUUGGAUUUUACAGUAAAGCCCCCCUUCUUAUUCAGUCUCCCACAAACGAGUAUCAGUGACCAGUAUGUGAACCUAAAUAAUACGACCGGGGAGCUUUAUACGUCUGCCACGGAUAUUGACAGGGAGACUCUCUGUCCUGAUAACGCUGAGAGAUAUGGAUGUCUCCUCUCUCUGGAUGUAUUUUUAUUGCCUCAGCAGUACUUUCAGCUGAUCAAAGUUAAAAUCUUCAUUGAGGAUGUCAAUGACAACAGGCCAAAGUUCCCAGUGGAUGAGAUCACUUUAUCUGUUCCUGAAAAUACACCCAUCAAUUCUCGCUACGCAGUGGAACAUUCUGCUGUGGAUCCCGACCUGGGCCCUAAUGGAGUACAGACCUACUGGCUGGUUAAUGAUUUUGGAGUGUUCACUCUAGACGUAGAAGAAAAUGAAGGAGGCGAGCUCACUCCCUUUCUUAUAGUGACAGAUGCCUUGGACAGAGAGAGACAGGAUGAAUACAUAACAGACAUCAUUGCAGAGGAUGGCGGUUCCCCUCCUUUACUUGGGGCAGCUACGUUCAGAAUUAUCAUCACAGAUGUCAACGAUAAUUGUCCGCAAUUUUCAGAAACACACAUUAAUGUCAGCGUACGUGGAAAUAGCAGUAAAGGGUCAUAUUUGACUCGUCUGCACGCUUUUGAUCCCGAUCAGGGUGCAAAUGCUCAGAUCAGCUAUGCUUACAGCGAACGAGUGACAAAGGAGACGAGGAGCUGGUUCCACUUGAACCGAACCACAGGGGUGAUCACGCUGGCAGGAAAAAUAGACUCUGCCUCGACCACAUUUUAUAAACUCACCGUUCUUGCAUUUGGACCUGGCUGUAUUCCUGCUCUGGCCACUGUUAGUGUCCAUGUCAUAAAAGUUGUCAGUGGGCCCCCUGCAGUCAUAGCCAGGUAUAUUGCACCAGAAAAAGAUGGAGUGGUAACAAUAAAAGAGUCCGAGCCAGCUUUCACACCAAUAGCUUUCUUUACUGUCAGGAACAUCGCAACGAACCAAAGGGUAGACUGUCUCUUAGAAGGGACGGGUCCCUUCAGGCUUGUCCCCUAUCAGCAGUUAAAAUAUGAAUACCUGUUGGAAACAACCGCGCCUUUGGACUAUGAAGUAAUAGAGGAGUACGAUCUUAUUGUGGUUGCUGAGAACACUGGAGGGCUAGUCAUGAAGACAUUUCUGAAAGUGCAGGUAUUAGAUGAGAACGACAACGCACCAGUUUUCCAGCAGUCUUCAGUGGAGUUGCUCAUAGAGGAAAACAACCCACCGAAUUCUUUCCUGACCCAGCUCAAAGCCGCAGACCCGGACAGCGGAAGCCGUGGGGAGGUAAUCUAUCUCCUGGGAGGCGACACUCCUGGGAUCUUUGCUAUAGAUCGUGUGACAGGGGUCCUGAAUGUAACCACAUCUCUGGACCGUGAGGAGAAGGAGACAUACCGGUUUCUUGUGAGAGCAGUGGACCAGGGAACACCUAGGAGGGAGUCGAUUGCGACCGUGGUGGUGACGGUGAAAGACCAAAACGAUAACAGUCCACGAUUCAUCGAUAAGGACUUCACUUUCUUUGUUCCGGAGAACUUCCCAGGUUAUGGUGAGAUCGGAGUCAUCUCUGUGACGGACGCGGAUGCUGGAGAAAACGGAUGGGUGGCGCUGUCUAUCCUGAACGGCAGUGACAUCUUUAUGAUAGACACUGGGCGAGGGGCACUCAGGACUAAGACACCCCUUGAUCGUGAGCAACAAGGAACAUACCAUUUGUGGAUCGAGGCCUCAGAUGGUGGGGAACCCCGACUGUCCUGCGUUACCAUGGUGACUGUGUUGUUGUUAGAUGUUAAUGACAACCCACCCAUUGUCCUCUUCCCCCAAUCCAAUCAGUCCUACAUGCUUGUACUACCCAACACAUUACCCGGCACAUCCAUCACUGAGGUGUAUGCCGUGGAUAAAGACACAGGCAUGAAUGCUGUGAUUGCCUACAGUAUCAUUAAGAGAAAAGGUGGAGAGACUGAAUCAUUUGACAUUGACUCCAAUACUGGAAAUAUCACAUUAAAGAGGGGGCUGAAUAACAGAGGCCUCUGCAGCCUCCUGGUUAAGGUCAGUGAUCAUGGUCAGCCAGAGCCACUCUUUUCCACAGUAAUGGUUAAUUUCUUUGUCAAUGAAACAGUGAGCAAUGAGAGUUACAUCCAGAGUUUGCUGACCAGAGACGCUGACAUACAGAUAGAGGAGAAACCCUGGUUCAUUGGCCAGAUGACCGAGGGGCCUGAGAGGUACGAGCUGUUCCCCUGUCAGCCUGUUGUUAUUGUUCUCUCCCUGACCUGCUUGGGAUUAUUCAUAAUGGUCGUGACUCUGAUGUCUUACAUUAGCUGUCAGAAGCUCAAGAAGCGCAAGAAGAAACAGAUCGAAGUAGAAGUCCCUUUAAAACAGAACAAUGACUCCAUGCAGGUGGUGAAUAGAAAAAUCAGGCAGAUCUCAAACCUCUGAUGUCUGUCUGCCUGCACAUCACAGCACAAAUCCAGUUUACAAGAAUGUUUACACAACUCACUGUAAGAAGUGAAAUUCUUAUGUGAAUUUGUUUGUCACAGACAUUUGAAUAUUUUAUUAUUAAUGUAUGCGAUUUCAAAUACGCCAUGAGGCGCUGUAGUUCAAAUGGCACACUGUUCUCACCUCUGUUUCACUUCAUCAACAUCUCUCAAUUACCUCCAUGGAACAUUGACACUGAAACCAAAGUGAUUGAUUCGUACUGAUGUCAAGGUGAUAACAGCUUUAUUACUGUAGUCCUGGACUCCUUUUAAUGCAAGGCCAAGUAAAUGUAUGAAAUUAACACACAUUUAUAUAUAUAUAUAAAUUAGCACCUAAAACGCAAGAGCAUUUUACUUUUAUUUAUUUAAUUUUCGAUUUGCAACAUUUAGGAUGCAGUACAUCUUGGGUUUGCAUCUUGUCCCAGAAUCAGAGUAUGAGGAAAAGUGGGCACAAGCCGAGCGGUACAGGAGCACACACACACACAUAAAAAGGCAUGUUAUCAGCCACCGGGUCACCUACAUUCAAAGGGCAACACGAGGGUUAAACAGAUCCAAAUUGUUGAAAGUAAGCAAGUAUCCAAGGCUACAUUAUUUUCGUAUCUUACAUUAUUGCAUAUCUUAUAACUAAUGAAUAGCUGGCCCUAAUGGAGCACAAUGUUGAUAUUGAAACUUAGUUAAAGGGGAAAAUGAAUUAGAUGGCAAGAUUAAAGCGUCCUCAUUUCUAUACAGUCUACUCAGACAAACUUCUGCAGGGAAGGGCAAAGACUUACAGUGGAGUCUUGUAACGAUGUUGCUGUGAUGUCACCAGGCUUCCGUUGGAGAUAAUACACUUCAUUGUUCAAUUUCUCUUAGAACUUGAUUGUGAUGUUUUUCGUGACAGGGGGACAGUCUCACUUCCUACAAAUGUCGUGAAGUGAGAGAAAUGUGUACACAGAUGACCCUUUGUCAUCUUCUGGUGCUUUACUAAUAGAAAGUAAGACUCUGGUCUGUUAUACAGGGGGUCCUCGGUUUUACGAUUCAUUAAUAAAGUCUUGGUUCAUCAUUUCAAUGUACGGAGUUGGGUACAGGAACUUCUUGCCCUUCAUUAUGGCUCCCAAGCGUAAGUCAGACUCUUCAGGUGUUUAUAUGUCCUAGAUUAUGAGGUUGCCACUGUGUUAGCAUAUGUGAGUGACAUAGGUACUGACAUAAAUGAAAAUCGAGUCGAAGACCCAAUGCAUCGACACUCAGUGGUCACAUGUCCAUAGUUUUCAUAUGCAUAUGGCACGCAUUCAUUUACAAGGCAGUUUGUAUGGAGAAAAUAAAUGUAAUUUUAUAAACACUGAAGGCUGACUUAAGACACAGGCAGUGAAUGCCUGUGUUUUAGUUGCUGAUUUUUUUUUUUUUUAUGUGGGUUUAUAGCCAGUCCAACAUACCUGCAUACUGUAUGUAAAAAUGAUCAUAUGCAAUUGAAUGAGAUUUAAAAUGUUAUAAAUGUACAAGCACCUUGAGUUUGAAAUCAGUUUGAUGUCGAUACAGUAUAAACCCCAUGUCAGAUUUUUUCUAAUGACUCACCGUGUACUUUGUGUCAUGCCUUCAUGCCUGUUAUGUUCGCUACACUUUUAAACCUAAUGCCCUUCACUGUGUCACGCAACGUACUGUCUGUGUCAGAUAAUUGAAAAUAUCUAUUAAAGAUUAUUUAUUUUUAUAA